AUAAUGUACUGAAAUUGUAUAUCACAAGUGUUUGCCUGCUGGCCUGUUUUAUUUGUGAAUGGCAUUAUAGCAAGCAUCGAAUGUAUGAUGUACAAUUUCAAUGCGGAAUAAAAUGUCAAGCUGGAAUUACACAAUCUGACAGUCAUGAAAAGUGAACAUUUGGAUAUCUGACUGUUGGCAAUUUUUAUUGUAAAACUCUACCGGUUCAUUCUUGAUGACUGAAUUUGUCACAGCGACUCAAGAUAAUGAGGUAAAAAUACUUCGAAACAUCCAAUUAGAACAAUGUUAUCAAUUCAUUACACGUGGUGUUUCGCAAUGCUAGAAUGCUACUUCAUCAGUUUCGAAGAAGCCUAUGGCUUCCCAACUGAAUUAUGAAACAAAUUACUAGUCUAUAUAAAGCUGUGUAAUUCUGUUGCAUAAUUUCUGAUUCUAUACCUGUAUGCCCUAUUUGUUGAAAUUCAGGUAUUUUUCGCUUUACUGUUGAUGAUAAAAAAGGGAUGGUGUUGAUUGUGGAAUAAAAUUUUGAAAUACUGUUGUUGUAAUUUAUAAUUUUUUUGUUGUAUUUUGCCUCCCAUUCUUACAUGCUGCCACUAGUAAUUAGACUAAUUCGAACUAACUUGCUGAAGGUUUUGAAUUUAAUUGAGGCUACAUUGUUCAAUGUUUGGUUUCUAAGAUUGCGAAAGGUUGAAAAAUCGAAAUGUUCAAUGUAUCGUCUUGGUAAAUAAUUUGUGAAUGUUUUUCCUCUCUGAAGUUCAUUUCUGCAAAUUGUCAUUUAUAUUCUGUGCAAAUUUAUAAUAUUUUGGAAUACUGGUUAUUUUGAUUAUUCGCUUAUUAAAAAUGAAAUCCUCCAACCUCUUUUUAUUUAAUGCUUGCAUUAAUUUGAAGUUUUUUUUCAUUUCGCUUUAGUGGACAUCUAUCAUUCAACAUUUUAUUUAAAACUUGGUUUAUGUACGAAUUUUUUUAUUCGUGUCGCAAUUUGUUGGUUAUCCAUCCGUGUAUUGACUUUUUCAAAUCAACAAACGAAUCAAGGGUAUUGUUAGUAUGUCAGAUAGCAAAAUAAUUGUGGAAUUCAAAGUAGCCUAUAUAUUAAAUUGACAAUGCGAAGCAUUCAAUAUUAACUUCACUUUAAUAUUCGUUCCACAACUUGGGAUGUCACCUUUUAUUGGAUGUGAGACGUGUCUUCUCUGAGAAUAGAGAUAUUGAGAUCAUUUUCCCAAGUAUAUGUCGAUUUGUUAGUUGUUAUAUUAUACAUACUUUUAUUUGAAAAAAAUUGUAUAUGUGAUGACCGAAAAAGGUGCUCAUUUGAAUGCCUCAGACCAAAUGUACCCUCGUUGCCAAUGCUUGUUUCCACUUCAAAUUCAAUUUUUUAUCACACAAUUCAAUGAUGCUCAUUUCCUUUUUAGUUGUCAAUAUCAACUAGAUACUCCUAAAUUAAUAUAGCAUUAAUGAUGUGAUAGUUAUCUGAGAGGAUUACUAAUUUGUAAAUCUGCAAACAGUAACACUACGAAUAUAGACAAUGAAUCCUAUUGUUAGUGGAUCUGAACUUGAUGAAGUGGAAGAUGCUGUUCCUCUUAAAUGGGAUAGAUUUUCUCGCUGGUUGCAUUGUGUGUGUGUCGUUACCUUCGAUCUUGAACUUGGACAAGCACUAGAGUUUAAAUAUCCAGAGCAUGCCGUUUUAUCAGACAAAGAAAGAAGUAAUAUAUGUUAUCUUUCAUUUCCGGAUUCGAAUUCCGGAUGUAUGGGAGACACACAAUAUUGCUUUCGUAUACGUAGAACCUCUAAUACAACUGAUGGUGAUUUAAUUUCUGUGAAUGUUGCCAAUGAUUUUCCAGCAGUAUUGCAAGAAGAUGAUAACCAUUACUAUGGAUAUGUGUAUUUCCGACAAGUUAGAGACAAGACUUUGAAACGUGGAUAUUUUCAGAAAUCUGUGGUGAUUUUGAGUAAAUUACCAUAUUUCAACUUUUUUAAAGAAAUAGCGGAAAUUGUAGCCCCAGAAUAUUUUGAUCAUGGCGAAGCAUGUCUUGAAACAGCAUGCCACGAUGUUGACCAAUGGCCUAGACCAGAACCAGGACAGACACUUGACUUGCCACUGGUGGGUACUGUUGUGCAAGUAAGAAUACCAUCAAGGUGUGAUAAGCCUGGACAGACAUCAUCUGCUGUAGCGAAAUCGGCCAAAUUUCAGUACUCUAUAUCUUCUGUACAUGAAGUUGAAGUUAUAAAAUAUUUCCAACCAGUGCUCAUUCAUUCACAUUUAUUAUGGGAACUUGUACUACUUGGGGAGCCAUUAGUUGUUAUGUCAACAUCUCCAGAGGUGUGUGCUAAUACCGUUUUGUCGCUAAUUUCAUGUAUAAGCCCAUUACGGUAUGACUGUGAUUUCAGACCCUUUUUUACAAUUCAUGAUAGUGAGUUUAAAGAGUUUACUAGCCGUGCACAAGCUCCUCCCCGAGUUUUACUUGGGGUCACUAACCCCUUUUUUACAAAGACAUUACAACACUGGCCCCACAUCAUUCGAAUAGGUGAAUUGGGCAUGUCUUCGUCAUCAUCUGCCCCAUCGUUACUCUCAUCUGAUAAACUGAAAAAGGCGAGCAAAAUGAAAACCUUUGACACAAAACCAGGUGUUUACACAGAGUAUAAAAUGUUUUUAAAAAAAGAUAAAACAUUUUUCAAGUCCCUUCUUAGAACUGGUCAUCGAUUUACUGCGCUUGAUUCUGUAAAACUGCGAAGACAUUUUCUUGAACUAACUCAAAGCUUUAUGAUUCCCCUUGAACGUUACAUGGCAAGCUUGAUGCCGCUUCAGCGAAAUAUAUCCCCACUUCGAGCUCCACCGGUUCUAAAAUCAUUUCGACCUGAAGAAUUCUUGGCAACUGUAGAUUCUCAAGGACCCCAGCUGACUUCUGUCACCAAAGGAAACUGGUCUGGUCUAUAUAAGAAAUUUUUUCAAAGUCCAAAUUUCACUGCAUGGUUGAAUAGUCGUCGAAUGGAAAUGGAAAGUAAAAUUGCAGCUUUGCAUUUAGCAGGACUUAGUGAGAUGGACUUGGUUGCCUGGUGCAAAGAUAAAAGCGAAGUUGAAAUUGUUGACAUGAUUUUAAAAUUGAGAGAAAAAUUGGAUUCGGUUAAAAGACAUGAAGUUGAACUGUCGCUAGCAAAAGUAUCCAACCUUCAGAAUCAAAUGCUAAGUAUUGUUAAUACACUGCCCAGCGACCUGAAGUUGGUGUUGAAUAUAAAAUAGCUUUAAAAUUAUAGUUUUUUUAUGUAUUUUAUCAUGUUAUCAACUUAUUGUGAUUUAUGUAAGUUCGAACUUUUUAAAUUUUUCCAUCAGCACUUUAUAAGUGGGAAAUUAUAGGGAAAUUUUUUACUUAAAUUGCAAAACCAUUAAUAAGCUGUGAACUACAAACCUUUCCAGUCUCAUAGACAUUCAUAUGAAAGUUGUAUUUCUGAGAAUGAAACUCAAUAUGACGAUGGGAAAUUCUCUUCUCAUAGUGGCAUCAGGCAUUGCUCUAAUAUAAAAAAUUAGAGUUUGAAGUUGAACAUUUGUACAAAUAUACACACAUGAAAGGACGUUAGGUAAUAAUACUGGAUAUAGUUAAUUAUCUUGAAAGUGUAUUCAUUGAUCAGGUUAAAAAACAUACCUGGUAAUAUUGCUAGAGUUUUUCUGUUAUCGUCAACUUUAGGAUAUUUUUACAAUGGUGAGGUGUAUGCUACAGAUAAAUGAAAAUUAUCACAAGAUGACUAUCAUUAUUUGCAGUGUGCACCCUCAAGCAAUUUGCUAGCAUCAUUGCAAAAAGGAACAACAGGUUGAUUCAUGGGAAGUGACAGUUUUCUGGGUAUUCUUCUCUGCAAUAUUUUUCACAUCUUCAAAUAGUCUAUUAAAAAAAUUAUUGAGUGCUUUGAGCUGUUAUUUUUAAACUUGUGGCCCAUAAUAGUUGAAUUGUUUUUGAUGCCUGAAUUUAGGAUUCAUCAAUUGAUAAGAUUAUUUUACUUUUUAUUUGGUAUUCAAGGGUAAAUCUGUAAUUUAAUUUAUACAUGAUCUUGCAUGGAUUGAUUCCUAAUCAGGAAAUCUGGAGUUUAAAUUGGUUAGUUAUAUUUAGAUAUAGUACUGGGCUUAGCUAAUUUGAUUUCUGAUUGGUAAUUGAAGGGAUUAUAUUUAAUAGAGAACAUCACUGUAUUAUUUAUAUUUAAAUGUGUGAACAGAUUAUUGUACUGACUAAAUCAGGUGUGGGAUAAAACUAUAGAAUAGACAGGAGGUAAUGCUUGUCAAUCAACCACCAUAUGUGUUCAUUGGUACAGACCUCGAUAUUUAUUUGACAUAGAAAUGAUAUUUGUUCUGAAGUCAAAUCAAGGUGAAACCACUGGAAAUGGUGCACAAUCAGUCGCAAAGUUGGUGUUAACAGAAUUUUUAUAUGCUGUAUUGUCUGUCCGGCUUCGAAUUCCGAUAAUAAGCAGCAUCGUGUUAGCUGUAUGACUCGAUGGCAUCUAAUUUGAUUUUAUUUGUAUAUUGUUCUGUAUCACAAUUUCUUCAUAUCUAUGUAUAUUGCAUCUGGUUUUUACUUCUUUUAAUAAUAAAUUUAUGUCGUGAAGAAGUUUA